CCGGUUCCCCGCCCCUUCGCCUCUACCCCUACUGGGGGCUGUCUCUUCCCACUCCUUCCUCCUUCCUCCUCCUUCCUCCUUCCUUCUUCUUCCUCGAGCCGCAGCCAAGCCGGGGCCGGAUCGGGUGGUGAGUGGAGCCUACUAGGGCCGGGGAGGGAGCCCAGAUCGAGGCCGCUCGCUGAGGGCGGAGGAAGCGUCCACUGAAUGCCAGCUUUGCCUUGGGGCCCCGCGACCUCCGCCAGGGGCAGCCCUGGCAGCCUGCGCCCAGCAUCGCAACCUGACCCCUACCAGACUGAGUCUGCUUAUUGGAUCUGAGUGGGAUGGGCACAGUCCAGCCUGAUGGAAGAGAAGACCAAGAAAGUGGAGGAGAUGGCCCUGAAGCUGGCCCGGGCUGUGGCUGGUGGGGAUGAGAAGAUGGCCGUGAGCUGUGCCACCUGGCUGGCAAAGAAUCGAGCUCUACUGACACUGCAGCUUAGAUCAGAGGCCUACCCCAAACAGGAGAUCAAGUUAUGGGUAGGUGUGGAAGACUCCCAGAUGCAAACUCUUCACAUCUGGCUGAUGGUUCGACCCAACAUGACUGUGGCUUCUCUGAAAGAUAUGGUCUUUCUGGACUAUGGCUUCCAUCCAAGCCUGCAGAGGUGGAUCAUCGGCCAGCGGCUGCCCCGUGACCAGGAUACACUGCAUUCUUAUGGGGUGAGGCAAGAUGGUGACAAGGCUUACCUCUACCUCCUGUCUGCCCACCACACCCAGCUUAGCCAGCAAGAACUACAGCGGCAGCGGCAGCUCCGGGUUCUAGAAGACUUGGGCUUCAGAGACCUUGCUCUACAAUCUCGGGGUCCACAAGAUUCUCGAGCCCUGGAAUCCCAAGAAAAGGUCCCCCCUGAGGAUGCUGGAACUACUGCUCCCUCUACUGUGGAAGCAGCCCCAGAUCCCUCUGUGGCUGGCUGGAAAUGUCCAGGGUGCACUUUUGUCAACAAGCCCACCAGGCCAGGCUGUGAGAUGUGCUGUGAGGCUAGACCUGAAGGUUACCAGGUGCCCAGCUCCCACCAGCCAGAUGAAGAGGAGCAGGCACGGCUACAAAUCGAGGAAGAUGGCCUUCGGCAAUACCAGCUGAGGAAACAGAAGCAAAAGGAGGGAAACUACCUCGAGCUCCUGCAGCUGGACCAACGGAGCCUGGUGCUGAGCACAGAGGGAGUGGAGUGCCCCAUCUGCUAUUCCUCCCUGGAGCCUGGCGAGGGAGUCGUCCUGCGAGAGUGCCUGCACUCCUUCUGCAAGGACUGCCUUCAGGGCACGAUCCUGAAUAGCCAAGAGGCAGAGGUGUCCUGCCCCUACAUUGAUGCCACUUACUCCUGCCCAGGGAAGCUGCAGGAGCGAGAGAUCCGAGCGCUCCUGAGCCCUGAUGACUACCAGCGAUUCCUGGAUCUGGGCAUCUCCAUCGCCGAGAACAGAAGUGCCUUCAGCUAUCACUGCAAGACCAAUGACUGCCGAGGCUGGUGCUUCUUUGAGGACGAUGUCAACGAGUUCACUUGUCCUGUGUGUGGGCACAUUAACUGUCUACUCUGCAAGGCCAUUCAUGAGAACAUGAACUGCAAGGAGUACCAGGAUGACCUCGCUCUGAGGGCACAGAAUGAUGUAGCUGCCCGGCAAACCACGGAGAUGCUCAAGCUGAUGCUGCAGCAGGGUGAGGCCAUGCACUGCCCUCAGUGCCAGAUUGUGGUGCAGAAGAAGGACGGCUGUGAUUGGAUCCGUUGCACUGUCUGCCACACAGAGAUCUGCUGGGUUACCAAGGGGCCGCGCUGGGGCCCUAGAGGCCUUGGGGAUACCAGUGGGGGCUGCCGCUGCCGGCUGAAUGGAAUACCCUGCCACCCCAGCUGUCAGAACUGCCACUGAGGAGCCUUUGAGGAGGCACCAAGCGGAUCCUGGCCAUGACAGGACAGCCACCAGCCCACCAGGGCAAAGCCAACCCUCAGGGAACUGGCCUUCCUAGCAGACAUCCUCCCCCAAGCCCCACCGCCCAUCCUGCCCACACCACAGGCCCCUGAGGGCUCUGCCCAUCCCAGUAUAGAUCAGGAAUGCCUUGGAUGUCAAUUCCUGGGGCAGCCUGGGUUGUCUUCCUGUGCUACCAAAAAGCCAUUCCUGGGAAAGAACCAGAGGGUCCCCAGUGACUCUUCAGGAUACGAGCUCAUUCCAGUGCCUUUGUUUCUUUGGCAACUUUGGGCCAGCCCUCAGGACAGACCUCCAGUCCUCCUCUCUGCUGCUGCCGUUACCACUGCCUGGCUCUUGGCUUUAAUCAUAUUCUGGAUAGUCAAUAACACCGAGGCUCCCCACCCUGAGCCUUAAUCGUCCACAGACUUCACAUUCAGGACAGAAUCACACACACCCUGGCUAUCUACCAACUACAUGCCUGUAGCUCACGGGGCAUCACUAUCUUGUACCAGGCACAGAGAGGGGUCUUUCCUUUUUCCCUGUUACCAUGCUUUGUAGACCAAUCCCCAGCAUAGUUGAAUGGGAGACUCCUCACAUGUACUGGACCUCUAGAUUACUGGGGAAAGAGAGGGGUCCUCUGCCUGGGGUAAAGCACCUUGGCCCUCCUAUAUGUGUUCACAUUAAAGUUUUCUUUGGGGAACAGGAAGCUCUAAUCUUUAAGAGUAUGGAUGUGCCAGCUCAUCUGGGGCAACCCUUGGGAAUGCUUCUAAUGGUCAAGAAGCUUUUUUUUUUUUUUAAAUACGCCUCAGUGCAACUUCUUCCAUCCCAUCCCUAGUCCUGUCUUUUGGGGCCACAUAGAUUAAAGGAAGUACUUUGCUCACGAUCUCAGAGCAAGUCACAGCAUAGCUGGUUCUCUGCACUUGCCUUCUUUACACUUUCUCUUCCUCCAAGGCAUCUGAAUGAAUUACCAAAGGGGGCAUGUUUGGCUCUUUCCAUCCACUAAUCAUUGGUUGUCUAUUAUAAUAGCUGAUAUUAACAUAGCACAAUGGUUUGUUUAUAAUAUUCUAAGAUACAAGAAUCUCCUUUGACCACAUUUGUGUUUAAAGACUAACAGAGAACUCACUACCUCCUGAAGUAGCCCAAUGUGCUUUUAGACAGUCCUAAAAUUUUUUCUUCAUAUGAAGUUGGAACUUGCCUUUUACCUGUUGCUCCUCAUUCUGCCCUCUUCCACAAGUUGUUGUUCAGUUGUUUUCAGUCAUUCCUGACUCUUCCUGACAACUUAAGGAGUUUUCUUGGCAAAGAUAACUGCAGUGGUUUGCCAUUUCCUUCUCCGAAUGAGGAA